CUGCUGUGCUGCUCCUGGUCCAGGGUGGGGCCCCGCUGGGUGGGGAGACACAAGUUACAGCCCCGGGAGCUUGUGCCAGGCACUCCACACACACGGUUGUGUCUCAUCUCCUCAGACAACUAUGCACACAGGCAUCACCCCAUUCUACAGCUGUGCAAAGCAAGGCUCAAGGGAGGUAAAGUGAAAAGGGCCUCUGGGUCGGAAGGGCCCUGGCCACUUCCAAUUUUUUAUUGUUGAAAUUCUGAUUCUCUUAAAAAUGUGGAGAUGCCCAAACAGAGCUACAAUAGUUGUGGUUACAUUCUACAUUUUUCUAUAUAUAUAUAUAUAUAUAAAAAAUCCGACAUUUGUCACCCUCAUAAAAAUACACAAUGGAGUAUUUCUUUGCCUAUGUAAAGAAUUUUGGACUGCAGCAAGCCACAAGAAUUUCUGCAGCAGAGUGCCACUGCAGUUUCUCAUAAAACUGAUGGUGUUGCAAUAGCUUGAAUCGCAGCGCCGGGUGGCUUGUGAUCCACGGCUUGGCUUCUGACUGUGGCAGCAACUUUGGACAAUACCACUGUGCUGUGUGCAACCGCAAGCUUUGAAAAGCUUCUGAUGAUCUCUGGGCCUCUGUGGGUGGUGGCGUCCCCAAACGGGGGCCCACGUUUUUAGUCCUGGGAAAUCCAUUAUCAUUUUCAAUCCUGACUGUUGGUGUAACGCUCUCGGUUGGCAAGAUGUCCAAAGUCUCGACAGAAGGCAUUCAGUAAUGGCGGCCUUGGUCCCUCUUGGAUUACGGAUGUCAGGGGUCAGGGUCGCUUCUCCGGCCGGUACUGAAGCCCCUGGCUCAGCAGCUUGUCAUGAAUGAGCCAGCCCACCAAGUGAUGUUUGAGACCUGGAAACCAACCACCAGGUGACCCAUACUGACUGGCCCUAAGUAACUACCAGGAAUUGCUUUGUCCAAGUCAACGUUGAUGUCUGUAGGACCCAGCUGUGAGCACCGCCUGCUGGACAGGGGCCUGGGUCACCUCGAGUCCUUUAAAAUUGGAUCCCUCAGCAGCUUUGGCUGCGGCCCUGUGAAAAGGGGCUGGUGGCUGCUGAAGCCCAGUGAGGGGAGGGGACCUGCUCCAGGUCACACAGGAAUUGGGCCUUGCCUCCCUCCAUCCAGGACACUGGUCCCCACAGGGCUGUGGCCCACCCUUCCUCCUUGUGGUUAGGAAGUGACCCCCUCCCCACCACCACCACCUGGGCCUGGCUUUAUCCCAGGACCUGGGCACUGCAGGGAGUAAGCGAGCAGGACAGCAGGUGGACAGCGGCGGCAGCAACAGCACUGCCCUGUGCCUCUCGGCCCGCCAUAUGCCCCCACAGGGCCAUGCUGAGGGCCAUGAGGCUCUGGUGCCUAGAGAGUUACAGCUGGGGCCCCUCCCAGUCUCCAGGGUACCGUCCCUUAGCAACAGCCCGGCCUGGCAGGACACACUGCCAACGCUGGGCAGAGCAGGCAGAAGGCAGGCGGAGCGGCUACCCGGACUCCAGGACAGACGAAGGCCAGGUGAGUGAGCGGGGGCACCCGGCCUGUAGCCUGGUUGCCGAGCGGGAGCCCCUCCAGAUCUCUCUCCCAUCCAGCAGCCCAGGGAGCCCUGACCCAUCAUGGAUGCUGUGGACGCCACCAUGGAGAAGCUCCGGGCCCAGUGCCUGUCCCGAGGGGCCUCGGGCAUCCAGGGUCUGGCCAGGUUUUUCCGCCGCAUGGACCGGGACAGGAGCCGGUCCCUGGACGCAGGGGAGCUCCAGCGGGGCCUGGCCGAGCUGGGGCUGGUGCUGGACACAGCCGAGGCACAGGGCGUGUGCAGGCGCUGGGACCGUGACGGCAGUGGGACGCUGGACCUGGAGGAGUUCCUGCGGGCACUGCGGCCCCCCAUGUCCCAGGUCCGGGAGGCAGUCAUCACAGCCGCGUUCGCCAAGCUGGACCGCAGCGGGGACGGCGUGGUGACUGUGGAUGACCUCCGGGGGGUGUACAGCGGCCGCGCCCACCCCAGGGUGCGGAGCGGGGAGUGGACAGAGGAGGAGGUGCUCCGCCGCUUCCUGGACAACUUUGACUCCUCCGAGAAGGACGGGCAGGUCACGCUGGCCGAGUUCCAGGACUACUACAGUGGCGUGAGCGCCUCUGUGGACACGGAUGAGGAGUUUGUGGCCAUGAUGACCAGCGCCUGGCGGCUGUGAGCGGUGCACACCCACUCGGCUGGCACCAUGCAGCGUAGGGCCCCACCCGGCACCCCUGGGCCAGGGCCCCUUCUCACCUGGGCUUUGAGCUGAGCAGCCCCGGGGUGGGGGAUGGAGGGGAUUGUGGGAAGAUUGAGGCCGCAGAACCGGCUGGACCAGGUCUCCAGGGACACGGCUUGGCCACCAGGUGUCAGUGGGACAAAGGUUCCAACGAUGGGUCACUGGUUCAGGAGCCCAGGGAGUGAGACCCUCCAUGCCCACGCCAUGCCGACCCCAGGUCUCCUCCUGGCUCUGCUCAAGUGAACCCUGUCAGCACCCUCACCCCUCCCUCGUGACUCCCCCAGGAAGCCAGGCAGCGCCCGGGUGGGGAAGCAAACUGCUCUUCUGUGAAGCAAGGCUCUGCACGGAGCGGUCAGUCUUGGAAGGCAGCCGAGCUUGGUCACCUGCCCAGGUGUGGAGUGCGGGGCACGCCAGGCUGCUGAGGAACCGUUCCUGGCCAGGUUGCCUGGCUUCCUGAGGCCCCUGGGGCACGUGGGAGACCAGAGUUUUAGUUAAAAGUUUUAAUGUAGUUCCCAAAUACAUUUCAUAUGACAAUCUUACAUAAAUGUUCCAA